AUGAAUUGCAAAAAUUUCUAGAAUCAAGAUUCGUAUCCAGUUUUGGCUUUAUCUAAAGAAUUUGAUCAAAAAGUUUUCCCAAUCCUAAUCAAAAUAUUGAAAAGAGAGAAAAUCUAAGAUUGUUUAGAAUUUCUCUCAAAAGAUCUAAAUCUAAGGAAAGUUGAAUAAGAAAUAUUAUAGGUAGAAAAUUAACUAUCUGAUAAAGAAUAUAUGAUCAGAAUAAGAGAUAUUCUCAAAAAAAGUUAAUAUCAUGAAUUGAAUAAACAGAAUUACUCGAAAGAUGAAUAUGAAGAAAUUAAAAAAGAUCUGAUCAUAAAAAUAUCAUGGGAUAAAAAGAUUAUAGAAUUUCUAAAAUUUCUAGUUCAUCUUACUGCCUUAGAUGAGAGAUAUAUUUAGUGUGGAUCAAAUUGUCUUCAUUUACUAGUUUAAAUGAAAAUUGAUUUGAAGGAAUUAUGUUUUGAGAAUAUAAGAAUUAGAAAUACUUCCUUAAUAGGAGCUAACUUAGUCAGAUGCGACUUAAGUGGAUCUGAAUUUGAUAAUGUGAUUAUUAGUGGUAUCAAUUUGAAUUAAGCCAGAUUAAUAAAUUGUAAAUGGAGAAAGUUGGGUAUAAAAGAGGGAAUUUAGUUUAAUGGUCACAUUGGCAGAGUUAACUAAGUUUGCUUUUCUAUAGAUGGUAAGUAAUUAGCAUCUUGUAGUAUUGAUAAUUCUACUCGUAUAUGGGAUAUUAAAACUGGAAAUAUAAAUUCCAUAAUCAGAGCAAAGUGGGAAGUAAAAUCAUUAUGCUUCUCACCUAAUAAUAAUUAAUUAGCGUUCAGCUGCAGAGAAUUUGUGUAUUUAUAGAAUCUUAAAACAGGAAGAUAAAUAAAGAAAUUAAGUGGUCAUUUUAAGGUUGUCAAAUCAGUCUGUUUUUCUCCUAAUGGUACUAAAUUAGCAUCAGGUAGUUCAGAUUACUCUAUUUGUUUAUGGGAUGUUAAGACAGGAUAAUAAUAAGCAAAAUUAGAAGGUCAUUCUAGCACAGUUACUUCAGUCAAUUUCUCUCCUGACGGUACUACAUUAACAUCUGGUAGUGAUGAUAAAUCUAUCCGUUUAUGGGAUGUUAAGACAGGAUCAUAAAAAGCCAAAUUAGAAGGUCAUUCUAGCACUGUUACAUCAGUCUGUUUCUCUCCUAAUGGUACUACAUUAGCAUCUGGUAGUUGCGAUAAGUCUACCCGUUUAUGGGAUGUGAAGACAGGUUUGUAAACAACCAAAUUAGAUGGUCAUUUAAAUAAUGUUAAUUCAAUCUGUUUCUCCCCUGAUGGUGCUACAUUAGCAUCUGGUAGUAAUGAUAACUCUAUCCGUUUAUGGGAUAUUAAAACAGGAUAAUAAAUAACAAAAUUAGAAUGUCAUUCAGGAACUGUUUAUUCACUCAAUUUCUCUUCCGACGGCGCUACAUUAGCUUCUGGAAGUUAUAAUAAAUCCAUACAUUUAUGGGAUGUUAAUACGGGAUUAUAAAAGUUCAAAUUAGAUGGCCAUUCAGGAACUGUAUAUUCAGUUUGUAUAUCUCCUGAUGGUACUUCAUUAGCAUCUGGUAGUUUUGAUAAAUCUAUCCGUUUAUGGGAUUUUUAAACAGGAAAUUAAAAAGCCAAAUUAGAAGGUCAUGAAUAUUCAGUUAAUUCAAUCUGUUUCUCCCCUGAUGGUGCUGCAUUAGCAUCAGGUAGUUGUGAUAAAUCUAUCCGUUUAUGGGAUGUUAAGACAGGAUAACAAAUAGGCAAAUUAGAAGGCCAUUCUGACACAGUUAAUUCAGUCUGUUUCUCUCCAGAUGGUUCUACAUUAGCAUCUGGUAGUUGUGAUAAGUCUACCCGUUUAUGGGAUGUGAAGACAGGUUUGUAAACAACCAAAUUAGAAGGUCAUUCAAAUGAUGUUAAUUCAGUCUGCUUCUCUCCAGAUGGUGCUACAUUAGCAUCAGGUAGUUGUGAUAAGUCUAUCCGUUUAUGGAAUGUUAAGACAGGAUAACAAAUAGGCAAAUUAGAAGGUCAUUCUGAUACAGUUAAUUCAAUCUGCUUCACGACUGAUGGUACUACAUUAGCAUCAGGUAGUUGUGAUAAGUAUAUCCUUUUAUGGGAUGUUAAGACUAGAUAAUAAUAAGUCAAAUUGGAAGGUCAUUCCAGCACAGUUACAUCAGUUUAUUUCUCCCCUAGUGGUACUACUUUAACAUCUGGUAGUUAUGAUAAUUCUAUCCGUUUAUGGGAUGUUAAGACAGGAUAACAAUUAGCCAAAUUAGAUGGUCAUUAAUAUUCAGUUAAUUCAAUCUGUUUCUCACUUGAUGGUACUACAUUAGCUUCAGGUAGUUCAGAUAACUCUAUCCGUUUUUGGAAUCUUUAAACAAGAAAAUAAAACCCUAAAUUAGAUGGCCCUUCAGGCUAUGUUUAUUCAGUCAAUAUCUCCCCUGAUGGUACUACCUUAGCAUCUGACAAUGAUGAUAACUCUAUCCGUUUAUGGGAUGUGAAAACAGCAAAGGAAAUUCUACCUCAAUAAAAUUGUUAUAAAGACCUUCUUUCUUAGUUUAAAAUACCACAUUAAAGUGGUUCUAUUUUUUAAAAUAGUAAUUAUUUAUAAUAUUUUAUAAGCAAAUAUUGAUUGUACAAUCCUAAGAAUAAGUAAAAAUCUUAUUUUGGAAGCAUAAGGGGCUUUAAUUUUAAAAGGAGAAUUCGUUAAUUAUAAAGGACAUGAUUUGCGAUCAUUUUUUAUAUCUAAAGGAAGUUUGAUUUUAGAGAACGUAUUAUAAUAGAAACAUAAUUGA